GGUGCUUUAUCCAUCCUGUUCCACCCUGGGUAAGCGGAAACCCUAAACUGCUCUGGCUCAACCAGCUUCGGCCUUUCCUCUCUUUUUUCCUUUUCCCUCCCUUUUCUCUCACUCACUCACACUGGACGUGUGCCGGCUCAGGACAAGAAUGGCAGCAUCACCAACGCCGAGAAGCGAGAGGUCCCGCAAACUCUUGGCUUUAGCGUUGCUUCUCAUCAUCCCGCUUUUAAAUGGGGUCAUGGCACUUGAAGACGAAAACACAGGAAGAGGAGAUAUGAAUCCGCAGACAAAUGAGGCUCCUGGGACAGAUGAUCCCCAAAUUCAAGUCCUUCCAACUGUCAAUUUUUACGAGCCCACUGAAAAACCAACACCGACAGCUACACUGGAGGACGGACAUGAUGAUGCCACUGCAGCCCCAGAUGUAGCAGCAAACGAGGAAACUGUAAAAACUGACACUACUCUGAAACCAGAGACCCCACCUCCCGUACCGCCAAGAGGUGACAACCCAAACGACAAACCAAAGCCACAGGAAGAUGUCGUUUGUGUGAGCAAAGAGGCUGUGGAGGGGAAAAAUGCAGUCAGUCUGAAACUCAGGGAAUCCUCCCACUGUCAAACAACACAAAUGACGAUUGAGAACGUUCUGGAGGAGCUGUGUGGCGAAGACUGCAAACUGGAGAUCUACCAGGAAGACAACUCGGACGAAGUCCUUGUGUCUGGGAAGUAUGUUGAAGCGGAUGUCACAGGAAUGGCAAACAAGUUCAACAAUGACAACAUAAAGGAUAAGACUUAUAUCGAGGAGGCGGUUCCUCGCUGGGGAAAGAGGUCCAAGUUGGUACUGGUUUCCGUGCUCCUGGCCGGGCUGGUGCUGGCUUCCCUGCUAGUAGCUGGAUAUUGCCUCAAAACACACCGCAAGACCUCAAAAGGGGUCAGACUGGCUGAGUCUUUCCAGGUGGAUGAAGAAAACCAGGCCAACACCCUGGUGUCCGUGGCCCCGCUGCCCCAGGAGCCGGCUGACAAGCCCACCGUCAACGGAGAGUCCUCGCCGGAGCACGGGACCAACUCCACCCCCACCACGAACGGACACUCCGCCGCCCAGACCCAAGUGGCUGACACGGAGAUGUGAACGGCGGCACCGUCAGCCUCUCGUUCUCUCCGUCACCCACCAACCUCCAAAUCGCACCUCUCUGAAAGACGACAGAAUCCUCAACGAUGGGGCCAACGAUGAUGCAAUGAUGACAAUGAUCACAGUGCCUGAAAUGUGAAAAGUGUGGGAACACUCACCUUCGCUGGGGUCACGUAGAGCCUGCCUAGGCUGACUGACUGGGAUUUUAUUACUGUUUUGACUUUACGUCUUAUUGCAAUGAUAUUUGUAGAACUGUCAACACCAAAUGUGUAUUGUUGAUCCAAAGAAGCACAUGUGGCUCAUUUAAACAUUAUUCUGCAGCCAAACUAGUGAAGCUGCAACGUGGGAGAAUUUCGUGACACUCACUGCUUCACAGUCUUUUUCUGUGUCACUGUAUUUGCCUUAAAGUGAUUGUAAGCAAUGCGUCAAAUUCAAAACUGCAAAACUAGUCUCAUUUUCACACAGGGUAACUGAUAAAGUCUUAAAAACGACUGUCAAAGCUUAAAAACGCAAAAAAAACUGUUCUUAUUGCUGCAAACUAUGAUCUUUAGUUUUACUGAAGAUGUCUCCAAGCUACUAAAAACGUGGAAUUGUAAGCUGAAAACUAUAAAGCUGACUCUUUUCUUUAGAUUUCAGCUUUCCAAACAACUUAACCUCUAUAACUGACCGCUGGUCAAAGCGCUUUAGGUCCAGGUUGCAAAGCUCAGUUCUGCUGUGUAGCCGUUUGGUUUUCACUAUUGUAUAGUUGAUCUCUCUUUUUCUCUUCCUAUUUUGUAAUAAUUAUCUGUUUUCCUACUUUUACAACUGUCUUAGCAAAACACGAGGCACAAAAACGACUGCUGUGAAGUUUGUUUGCAUCGUACAGCAGGUUCAGUAUUCCUAACACACUCCUUGUUGAUAUAAAAGAAAGAAAGAAAAAAAAAACUUUUUACGUGAGUGGUAACAUUUUCUACUUUUUUUUGUUUCAUAAUGCAGUGCAUGUGUAAAUAUGCUUGCGCUCACAUGAACUGUGAUUGUUGACAGUAUCUUUGCAGGUUGUCCUCAGCUUACUUUUGUUGUGCUGACUGUGACUAGAAACAUGCCAUAUGUUGAAAAAUCCAUGUUUCAGUAAAAAAAUCUUUUUUUAAAUAAUUGUGAGAUGUUUUUUUUGGAUUUUUUUCAAGAAACACAUUGGUAGCAUUGGUCUCCACGAGGUAUCUAAACUACUUAACUGACAUAUUAAGAUGUUUUAUUUGCAAAAUUGACUUGUGGCUCAACUUAUUUCUACAAAUACUUCUUUCUUUUUCUGACUGCAUG